AUGUCCGAAUCAGAAGCCUCAUCUUCUCGCUCCGCCUCCGAGGCUCCCCGCUCUCCAUCCCCCGCCCCCUCUAACCCCGACGCCCCCGAAGCCUCCCACAACAAGACCUUUGCCGACCUCGGUAUCUCGCCAGAACUCUGCCAGGCAUGUGCUUCAUUGGGCUUCAAGAAGCCCUCCGACAUCCAAGCCGAGUCUAUCCCGCAUGCUUUACAAGGCAAGGACAUUAUCGGUCUUGCUCAGACUGGUUCGGGUAAGACUGCAGCUUUCAGUCUGCCUAUAUUGCAGGCACUUUGGGAAGAGCCGCAGCCGUUCUUUGCGCUCGUCAUGGCGCCCACGAGAGAACUUGCGUAUCAAAUUUCUCAGCAGGUCACUUCCCUCGGAUCCGGCAUUGGCGUCAGAACAGCCGUGCUGGUCGGUGGUAUGGACAUGAUGUCUCAAUCCAUUGCGCUCUCGAAACGACCCCAUGUUAUUGUUGCUACACCCGGUCGUCUCAUGGACCAUCUCGAGAACACUAAGGGUUUCUCAUUGAAGAGCUUGAAGUAUCUGGUCAUGGACGAAGCCGAUCGUCUCCUCGACCUCGAUUUCGGACCCAUCAUCGACAAAAUCCUCAAAGUCAUCCCCAAAGAACGCAACACCUACCUCUUCUCCGCUACCAUGACCACCAAAGUCGCCAAGCUCCAACGUGCCUCCCUCAACAAACCCGUCCGUGUCGAAGUGUCUUCCAAAUACUCUACCGUCGACACUCUGGUUCAACACUACCUGCUCUUGCCGCUCAAGUUGAAAGAUGCUUAUUUGCUGUAUUUGGCGAAUGAGCUGGCGAGCUCUUCGAUGAUCAUCUUUACGAGGACUGUCGCAGACUCUCAACGGUUGUCGAUUGUUUUGAGAAGAUUGGGUUUCCCUGCUAUCCCGCUCCAUGGUCAAAUGACCCAAUCCCUGCGAUUGGCGAGUUUGAACAAGUUCAAGAGCGGAGGAAGAAGUAUCUUAGUGGCUACCGAUGUUGCGUCGCGUGGUUUGGAUAUCCCUCUCGUAGACCUUGUCAUCAACUACGACAUGCCCACAAACUCCAAAGACUACGUCCACCGAGUCGGCCGUACAGCCCGUGCCGGCCGUUCCGGCAAGUCCAUCACCCUCGUCACCCAAUACGACGUCGAAAUCCUGCAACGUAUCGAAGCCCACAUCGGCAAAAAGAUGUCCGGCUUCACAGCCGACAAAGAAGCCGUCGCCCUCUUGGCCGAGACGGUGGCGAGAGCAAACAGGGAGGCGGCUUUGGAAAUACGUGAAGCCGGGACGGGGGGUGCGGGUGGGAAGAGAGGAAGGGAUGGGGGGAGGAAGGGGCGAGGGGAUGGGGAUGAUAGGGAUAGGGAUGAUGAUGUUGUGGAGGCUGGUAUGCCGAGGAAGAAGAACAAGUUUACGACGGGAGGGAAGAAGCCUCAGCAGAAGGGCGGUCAAAGGGGAGGCAGGAAGUAG